UACAGAAAAGAGAAAGUGUAAUUCUUCAUUUCUUCCCCAUUAUAUCUCUCUCCUUUUUUUGUGUCAUCCAACCUCAAUAUACUAUACAUGAUCUCCAUUUCCAGAUCCCCAAGAACACAGCUCCAACAAAAAGAGGAAGAGGGAGGGAGUAAUAAGAGGAAGAAGAGAGUGAUGGGAAGAGGGAAGAUAGAAAUAAAGAAGAUAGAGAAUCAGACGGCGAGGCAAGUGACCUUCUCCAAGAGAAGAAAUGGUCUUAUCAAGAAGACUCGUGAGCUCGCUAUUCUCUGUGACGCUCACAUGGGUCUCAUAGUCUUCUCGGCCACCGGAAAGCUCUCCGAGUUCUGCUCUGAAAACAACAAGAUGCCUCAGCUCAUUGACCGAUACUUGCAGACCACUGGAUUGCGACUUCCUGAUCAUCACGAUGACCAGGAGCACUUGUACCAUGAGAUGGAGGCACUAAGAAGAGAGAUAUGUAACCUUGAGCUCCAUCUGCGUCCAUAUCAUGGACAUGACUUAGCCUCCAUUCCUCCUCAUGAGCUUGACGGACUCGAGCGACAGCUGGAACAUUCCGUCCUCAAAGUCCGUGAGCGUAAGAAUGAGUUGAUACAGCAACAAUUGGAGAAUCUAAGCAGAAAGAAGCGGAUGCUAGAAGAAGAUAACGAUAACAUGUGCCGUUGGCUUCAUGAGCAUCGUGCAGCGAUUGAGUUUCAACAAGCUGGGAUAGAGACGAAACCAGGGGAGUAUCUACAGUUUCUAGAGCAGCUUCAGUACUAUAACAAUGAUCAUCAGCAGCAACAACAACAACCAAACAGUCUUCUUCAGCUUGCUACACUUCCUUCAGAGAUUGAUCCAAACUACCAUCUCCAGCUAGCUCAGCCUAACCUUCAAAACGAUCCAGCUCCCAAAGAGUGAUUAAUCUAAUCCUCAAUACACAUCUUCUCUUUUUCUUUAUGGGGACAACUUAAUGAACUUUUAUUAAUUACCUAUAUUUUGAUGUUAGCCAAUGCCUUCUUUUGUUGUCUGUUUUGUGUGGUCAAAAAACCUUGUCUGAAGUACAAUUUACUUGUGAAGCACAGUGGUCUUUGGUUAUAAUUUUUAUUCA